CUUCCGUGGGUGAGAAAAACCAGAGACUAACGUCGGAAGAGUUAGGAUAGUAGGAUACCGAGGGAGGAGGAACGACGGAGAUCAGUGAAACGAACCUGUUCGUUUCUGCGACAUAUUGCAAUCGUCGUUCAGAAGGAGAGAGGGCUAAGAAAGAAGGAAGAAAAAGAACGGACAAAGUUGUUGAUUGCAUCUCGUCGAAGAACUUCUGCCGGUAGGGAGAGACGGAGUACUUGGUGGUGGGGGAAAGGGUAAACUUUUAUUGGUUGUGUUCCAUUUCUAGGGUUUUAAAAGGACAAUGGACACAGUUCAGCCAGCGGAUACUGUGAUGGCGGAGGCUACGCACCCACCGGAGCCGCCUCCCCAGACAGGGAUUACUCAACCCGGAAUCGACAAUAUCCCGGCGACCCUGAGUCAUGGUGGACGGUUUAUACAAUACAACAUAUUUGGCAACAUUUUUGAGGUCACCGCUAAAUACAAACCUCCUAUCAUGCCCAUCGGAAAGGGAGCCUAUGGUAUCGUAUGUUCAGCUUUGAAUUCGGAGACAAACGAGCAAGUAGCAAUCAAGAAAAUCGCUAACGCGUUCGACAACAAAAUUGAUGCAAAGAGGACUCUUCGCGAGAUAAAGCUCCUUCGUCACAUGGAUCAUGAAAACGUUGUAGCAAUCAGGGAUAUAAUACCACCAGCUCAAAGGGAGAUUUUUAAUGAUGUUUAUAUUGCAUAUGAGCUGAUGGACACUGACCUGCAUCAGAUAAUUCGUUCCAAUCAAGCAUUAUCUGAGGAGCACUGUCAGUAUUUCUUGUAUCAGAUCCUCCGUGGACUGAAGUACAUACAUUCCGCCAAUGUUCUGCACAGGGACUUGAAGCCUAGCAAUCUCCUCUUGAAUGCUAACUGCGACUUGAAGAUAUGUGAUUUUGGGCUUGCUCGUAUAACCUCAGAAACUGAUUUCAUGACGGAAUAUGUCGUUACAAGAUGGUAUCGGGCACCGGAGCUGUUGCUAAACUCAACGGAAUAUACUGCUGCAAUUGAUGUAUGGUCGGUGGGCUGCAUUUUCAUGGAGUUGAUGGACAGGAAGCCUUUAUUUCCUGGCAGAGAUCAUGUGCACCAGCUGCGUUUAUUAAUGGAGCUGAUUGGAACCCCAACUGAGGCUGAUUUAGGGUUUGUGAAUGAAAAUGCAAAGAGAUACAUUCGGCAACUUCCUCGUCACAUUCGACAGUCAUUUAGUGAAAAAUUUCCACAUGUUCACCCUGCAGCUAUUGAUCUAGUUGAGAAGAUGUUAACAUUUGAUCCUAGGCAGAGGAUCACAGUUGAGGAUGCACUGGCACAUCCCUACUUAGCAUCACUUCAUGACAUCAGUGAUGAGCCUGUCUGUUCGACUCCAUUUAGCUUUGACUUUGAACAGCCUACACUGACAGAGGAGCAAAUGAAGGAGUUCAUUUACAGGGAGGCUUUAGCAUAUAACCCUGAGUUUCAGCAUCAUUUAUGAGUCAUCAUGUCCUCUCAGUGCUCCUCCAUAUGGUCCUAGCUUCUUGUAUGUUGUGCAAUUGAUUUCUUGAUGUAAAUAUGUGAUUCACAUCGUGGUUUGCCCUGAAAUUAUAUAAUCUCAUGAUGGGCAUAAAAUUUGAAGAUUCAUAGAAUUGCAGGGUGUGUCUGUAUGGAGGUGCUUGCAUUAUAUUACUACAAUUGGGAAUCCCUUUAUGUUGACAGACUUUGAAGCUCAAUUGUCACCAACAUAGAAAUUCCUAGUUAGAACGACUGCUAGGUAUCAUUUGAUUUU